AUGCAGCAGAUUACCAAAGUUUCUGAUCUCUUUGCUGUUGAUGGGCUAUCUUGGAACACUGACUUGGUUAGGCAAUUGUUCAGCCCCUCUGUUGCAUCCCAAAUUCUCAAUCUCCACAUCAGCCAAAGGGGGCAUCCAAACAAGUUGAUCUGGAAAACUCACAAAAAAAGCAUCUUCUCAGUCAAAGAAGCAUACAAAGCAAUCAGAGACAAAAAUAAAUCUGUUGCAGGGGGAGUGGGGACAAGUAGGGGCAGAGAGUCAACUUUGAAAAUCAUAUGGAGGAAAACAUGGCACUUGCCUAUCAAACCAAAAAUCAGAAACUUCCUAUGGAAGUGUUGGCAUAAUUGGUUAGGCACAAACUCUAAUCUGCACAGAAGGGGAGCUAUUGUUGAUUUGAUGUGCUGUUGGUGUGGGGAAACUGAGGAAAAUUUGGAGCACAUGCUUUUCCUAUGUCCAAGAGCUAAAUUGGUGUGGAAGCUAGCUGGUAUCUGGUGGCAUAAGAUGCAGUCUGACAAUAUGUGCUUUAGAGAUUGGUGGGAAGACCUGUGUAAUCUUUCUGGCUCGGCUGCUAACAAGGAAAGGAUAUCUCUCUCCACAUACCUCUUAUGGUGGUUGUCGAGAACAAGGAACUCUUGGAUAUUCAACAAGGAACAUAUGUCUGAACUGAUGGUAGUUGAAGGAGCCAGAAGGGAGUGGUUGGAAUUUGAAGCAACUAAUGACCUUCUUAGGGAGGGGAGCAGGAAGCAGGGAGUAGGGGUUCAUUCUAUUGAUCUUAGUGCUAGUGCUACCUGUCAAACUACCUGGAAGAUCAGAGGCAUUGCUACUCCAAGAGGGGAUGCUGGGAGGAUACACUGGUUUGUCUAUAAGAAUCCUACAGCAUCUUGCCAGACUGAGGACUCCUUAGUUCAAAUCAGACAGUGGCUUUCACAGGGCGUGGAUAAACAUUGGCUCAAAGAAGAGAUCUUUAUAAAGGAUGAGUCUCUGAGAUGCAAGCUUGCUCAGCAGAUGCCAUUUCCCUGGCAUCUCGACAUUCUGGCUAUGGACAUCCAUUCUUUGUCUUUGGAGUUUCAAUCCAUCUCCUUCCCUAACCUGUCUGAUGUUGUUAUUUAG